AUUUCUUACAAUAAGUGGUGGGGACAAAAUUGACUUUGGCAAAAAGUGGUGGGGACAUGACCCACACACCCGCCCGCAAAUUACGCCUAUGUUUCCAUGGAUAUAAAUAACUAUACCCGCACUUCCGCAUGACCGUCAGACAAAACGUUCACAAUCUUCACUUUCUUUUCAUAUUUCGGUUUUCUUUCUGGCGUUUAUUCACUUUUUGCUUCAUGCAAGGGGUGUGAACUCCACAAUCAGAAGUUUGUUGUCCAUGGGAAGGAAACUCGUGUUGCGCUUGUAAGCAGAAAAAGUCACAGAGGAGGCACCAGAGUGGCUGACAGGACUUAAGACAAACAGCUCUCUUUUGUGGAAUAAAAUGCAGCCAUCCACUAUGGCAGAAAAUAAUGUAUAUCCUACCCCACCGUAUGGCCAGGGACCACCCCUACCAGGACAAGUUCCCAUGCCCAAUCAGAUUUCAAUGAUGCCAGUUCCAGAAAGACCCGCUGGCUGCCCCCCAGGACUGGAGUACCUGACCCAGAUUGAUCAGCUCCUUGUUCAGCAGCAAGUCGAGCUAGUUGAAGUUAUAUUGGGCUGGGAGACGAAUAAUAAAUAUUUGGUGAAGAACAGCAUGGGCCAGCAGGUGUUCUAUGUAGCUGAGGAGAAUGACUGCUGUAACAGGCAGUGCUGUGGACCGAUGCGCUCCUUCGUCCUCCAUGUUCAUGAUAACAUGGGACAGGAAGUUAUGACGCUCUCACGCCCUCUGAAGUGUGCAAGUUGCUGUUGCCCCUGUUGCCUGCAAGAGCUCGAAAUCCAGUCUCCACCAGGCACCCCGAUUGGAUAUGUGAUCCAGAACUGGCAUCCGUUCCUUCCCAAGUUCACAAUACAGAACGAGAAGAGAGAAGGAGUUCUGAAGAUUGUGGGGCCGUUCUGUUCUUUCAGAUGUUGCGCUGAUGUGAACUUUGAGGUGCUGUCCAUGGAUGAGUCAACCAAGGUGGGAAGAAUCUCCAAACAGUGGACUGGUCUGGUGAGAGAAGCUUUCACUGAUGCAGACAAUUUUGGAAUCUGCUUUCCUUUGGAUCUGGACGUGAAGAUCAAAGCUGCUCUUUUUGGAACAUGCUUUCUCAUAGAUUUCAUGUUCUUUGAACAUAAGGAGUAAUUCAUAUACUGCUGGAUUUCAUGUACUGUUCUUCCUUGUAAUCCUCUAUUUUGAAUUCUGCACUUCUAGAUGUUAAUCAUCGAUUCAAAUAAUAAACAACAUAUGUACAUGUGAUAUGAACAUGUUUUAUUAGGGCAAAAUUACAUCAUGAAUUGUACAGUAUUGUAACACUACCACUAGGUGACAGCAGUUACUUUUGCAGUAACACUGACAGUUCUUAGUACCAAAACUGAAGCAUCUGCCAAAAAGAAUUACCUACAAGUCAAGCUAUAAUUAGUUUAUAAUUCUAUAUUAUAAACAUGGGUGUUUAGAUACUGCUAAAGCACUGCAAUUGUAUUUAAACAUAUACUGUAUGUUAUUCUUCAUUAGCCAGUUUGCGUUUUGAUCAUGUCUUAUCAAAAUAUUCAUUCAUUCUAUGCAUAAAUGUUUGUACCUAUGUGUAAUAGAUAUUUUUGCUAACACCACCUGCUGUCAACAUUUUAUUCUUUUUAAAAAUGUGUUAGAAAAUGAUUGCUUACAGGUAAAAAGGCUUACAGGUUGUUAUAUUAAGCGGUUAACAUACACAUAAAAAUGAAAUAGAGACGUUAUUAUCAUUAUUCCAAAUAACAUCUGCAGUUUCUUGUAGCACCUUCUGUCGCGUAUAGUCUCACAGUGCUCAUUAACCAUUUUGUAGGUUAAGCAGACAUUUGAUAAUGAUGACAUAUCCCUUUUACCUUUACUUUAUUG